AUGGUAUCAGAGCAAGAUCUUCAAGAACAAGGAGAAUCAGAAGAUAUUGAGACAACAUCUUCUUCUUCAGGUACUGAUUCUUCUUCGCCUUCUUCGAAUUCUUCUUCGACAAGUAUUUCAAGUAAAGAGGAGAUUCAAGAAACUGUCAUAAUGAUGGGAAAGAAAAAACGCUGGAGUAGUGGAAUGCGACUAGCCCUUGAAGAAAAAUCGAAAUUAGGGCUUAUUGAUGGAUCAUGUAUUGCUCCAACUGAACUAGAAGAGUUUGAUAAGUGGAGGAAGGUCGACUGCUUGGUCCGCUCAUGGAUCCUUAAUACAGUUACUGAUGAAAUUAAAGGUAAUUACUCUUCUACUACAACUGCAUUAGAUCUUUGGUAUGAUAUUCAAGAAAGAUAUCAAGAGAAUAAUGGUCCUCAAGCUUUUCAAAUUCAAAAGGGGAUUAGUAAUCUGCGUCAAGGACCAUUAACAUUAGAGAAAUAUUUCUCUAAAAUCAAGAAACUAUGGGAUGAACUUCUAGUAUUGGAACCUCUUCCAUUUUGUGAUUCUGAACCAAGAAGUACUUGCUGCUGCAAAAUGACAAAAUUAGUCAUUCAACAAGAUACAUCAAACAAGUUGACACAGUUCUUGAUGGGUCUGAAUGAGUAUUAUGACAAUAUUAGACAACAGAUUCUUCUGAUGGAUCCAAAACCUAGCAUUAACAAAGUAUAUGCUAUGUUGCUAAGUAUUGAGAGACAAAGAGAAGUUCAAUCAUUAAUGAUUGAUCAAAAUGAGAAUUUCUCUAUGCUUUUGAAGGAUAACAUAGAGCAACAAAGAGGACAAAAAACUGGAAAAUUCAAUAGAGGAAAAGGAGGAAGACAAUCUACGGGAAGAGGUAACAACAAAGGAAGUUCUUUUAGAGAUAUGUAUUGUACUUAUUGUAGAACUGAAGGACACAAUCAAGAUGGUUGUUUCAAGUUGAAUGGGUAUCCAGAUUGGUGGAAGGGAAAUAGAGAUCAAAAGAUAAAAAAAUGUGGCUAA